GUAUACCCUUGUAUACCCCCUAUAUAUCUUGUGUACCCAUGUUUACCCUAGUAAUACUGUUACCCUUGUAUACCCUUAUAUAUCUUGUGUACCCAUGUUUACCCUAGUAAUACUGUAUACCUUGUAUACCCCUAUAUAUCUUGUGUACCCAUGUUUACCCUAGUAAUACUGUAUACCUUGUAUAUGGUAUAUCUUGUUUACCCAUGUUUACCCUAGUAAUACCUUAGUAAUACUGUAUACCCUUUUACCCUAUACCAUAUAUAUAUCUUGUGUACCCAUGUUUACCCUAGUAAUACUGUAUACCUUGUAUACCCUAUAUAUCUUGUGUACCCAUGUUUACCCUAGUAAUACUGUAUACCCUUGUAUACCCUUAUAUAUCUUGUGUACCCAUGUUUACCCUAGUAAUACUGUAUACCCUUGUAUACCCCUAUAUAUCUUGUGUACCCAUGUUUACCCUAGUAAUACUGUAUACCCUUGUAUACCACUAUAUAUCUUGUGUACCCAUGUUUACCCUAGUAAUACUGUAUACCUUGUAUACCACUAUAUAUCUUGUGUACCCAUGUUUAUAUAUCUAGUAAUACUGUAUAUGCCUUUGUAUACCCCUAUAUAUCUUGUGUACCCAUGUUUAUGUUUACCCUAGUAAUACUGUAUACCUUUGUAUACCACUAUAUAUCUUGUGUACCCAUGUUUACCCUAGUAAUACUGUAUACCCUUGUAUAUACCCUAUAUAUCUUGUGUACCCAUGUUUACCCUAGUAAUACUGUAUACCUUGUAUAUAUAUAUCUUGUGUACCCAUGUUUAUAGUAAUACUGUAUACCCUUGUAUACCCCUAUAUAUCUUGUGUACCCAUGUUUACCCUAGUAAUACUGUAUACCCUUGUAUACCCCUAUAUAUCUUGUGUACCCAUGUUUACCCUAGUAAUACUGUAUACCCUUGUAUACCCCUAUAUAUCUUGUGUACCCAUGUUUACCCUAGUAAUACUGUAUACCUUGUAUACCCCUAUAUAUCUUGUGUACCCAUGUUUACCCUAGUAAUACUGUAUACCCUUGUAUACCCCUAUAUAUCUUGUGUACCCAUGUUUACCCUAGUAAUACUGUAUACCUUGUAUACCCCUAUAUAUCUUGUGUACCCAUGUUUACCCUAGUAAUACUGUAUACCUUGUAUAUACCACUAUAUAUCUUGUGUACCCAUGUUUACCCUAGUAAUACUGUAUACCUUGUAUACCACUAUAUAUCUUGCGUACCCAUGUUUACCCUAGUAAUACUGUAUACCCUUGUAUACCACUAUAUAUCUUGUGUACCCAUGUUUACCCUAGUAAUACUGUAUACCUUGUAUAUACCACUAUAUAUCUUGUGUACCCAUGUUUACCCCUAGUAAUACUGUAUACCCUGUAUGUACCUUGUAUACCACUAUAUAUCUUGUGUACCCAUGUUUACCCUAGUAAUACUGUAUACCUUGUAUACCACUAUAUAUCUUGUGUACCCAUGUUUACCCUAGUAAUACUGUAUACCUUGUAUAUACCACUAUAUAUCUUGUGUACCCAUGUUUACCCUAGUAAUACUGUUUAUAUAUCUUGUGUACCCAUGUUUACCCUAGUAAUACUGUAUACCCUUGUAUACCCUUAUAUAUCUUGUGUGUGUUUACCCUAGUAAUACUGUAUACCCAUCUUGUUUACUUAAUAUCUUGUGUACCCAUGUUUAAGUAAUACUGUAUACCCUUGUAUACCCCUAUAUAUCUUGUGUACCCAUGUUUACCCUAGUAAUACUGUUUACUAUAUAUCUUAGUAAUAUAUAUCUUAGUAAUACUGUACCCCUUGUAUAUAUAUAUCACCCUAUAUAUCCUUGUAUACCCUAUAUAUCUUGUGUACCCAUGUUUACCUAGUAAUACUGUAUACCCUUGUAUACCACUAUAUAUCUUGUGUACCCAUGUUUACCCUAGUAAUACUGUAUACCCUUGUAUACCCCUAUAUAUCUUGUGUACACAUGUUUACCCUAGUAAUACUGUAUACCCUUGUAUACCCCUAUAUAUCUUGUGUACCCAUGUUUACCCUAGUAAUACUGUAUACCCUUGUAUACCCCUAUAUAUCUUGUGUACCCAUGUUUACCCUAGUAAUACUGUAUACCCUUGUAUACCCCUAUAUAUCUUGUGUACCCAUGUUUACCCUAGUAAUACUGUAUACCUUGUAUACCCCUAUAUAUCUUGUGUACCCAUGUUUACCCUAGUAAUACUGUAUACCUUGUAUACCCCUAUAUAUCUUGUGUUUACCAUGUUUACCCUAGUAAUACUGUAUACCUUGUAUACCCCUAUAUAUCUUGUGUACCCAUGUUUACCCUAGUAAUACUGUAUAUCCUUGUAUACCCCUAUAUAUCUUGUGUACCCAUGUUUACCCUAGUAAUACUGUAUACACUGUAUACCCUUAUAUAUCUUGUGUACCCAUGUUUACCCUAGUAAUACUGUAUACCCUGUAUACCCCUAUAUAUCUUGUGUACCCAUGUUUACCCUAGUAAUACUGUAUACCUUGUAUAUACCACUAUAUAUCUUGUGUACCCAUGUUUACCCUAGUAAUACUAUACCUUGUAUACCACUAUAUAUCUUGCGUACCCAUGUUUACCCUACUAAUACUGUAUACUCUUGUAUACCACUAUAUAUCUUGUGUACCCAUGUUUACCCUAGUAAUACUGUAUACCCUUGUAUACCCCCUAUAUAUCUUGUGUACCCAUGUUUACCCUAGUAAUACUGUUACCCUUGUAUACCCCUAUAUAUCUUGUGUACCCAUGUUUACCCUAGUAAUACUGUAUACCUUGUAUACCCCUAUAUAUCUUGUGUACCCAUGUUUACCCUAGUAAUACUGUAUACCCUUGUAUAUCUUGUGUACCCAUGUUUACCCUAGUAAUACUGUAUACCCUUGUAUACCCCCUAUAUAUCUUGUGUACCCAUGU